AUGUUCGCAGACAAGUUCGGCAACAGCAGUCUCGCGUUCAUGCAACCGUGCAAAGUUACUGGAGAUCCGGAAAAGCCAAUAUCCGACCACAUGAUCCUCGCACCAAGCGAUGCCGACUUUAAGCUAUUCCUCGACAUACUUGAGGAGUCGCAGGGCGGCCUGCUUCGUCGAUUUAGCACCGCUGCUGAGAAAAUCGUUCGUCAUUUAAUUUAUGAGAACAUGGAACAUCCUGAAGCUUUUCAUUUGGAAACCGUGGAUUCUAAAGAAAUAAUGGAGCAUCCCAAGGGCUCGCCGGGCCUUUUGAGGAUGCUGGAUUAA